ACUCCGAUCGCCUUGUGAUCCUCGCUUCUCGCGGGCGGCUCGCCUCCCUCCUGCCGCCGCCUCCCCGCAAGAGCCAGCCAUGCAUGUCGCGACUCCCCUGCUCUCCUUGACGCUCUGGACCGUCGGAAUGCUCUCGAAAGCUCGCUCCGGCCGCGCAGGAGACACCUUGUUGACUGAAAUGGAGAGAAAGGCUGCGGAUCGCUUCAGGGAGAGACAGAAGAGCGUCCCUUUUCGGCUCCUCUAUAGCGCCAGCGAAGGCAACGAAACUCCUCACGACCUGCUCGACACUCGCGUUGGCCGCAGCUCUGCUGGGAAGCAGUCCACUCACAUCGCUAGAGCCAGCUUCCAGGUGGAUGCUUUCGGAUCUUCUUUCAUCCUAGAUAUAGAAUUAAACCAUGACCUACUGUCUUCAGAAUACCUUGAGAGGCAUAUUGACCAUAAUGGGAAGAUGGUGGAAGUUAAAGGAGGAGAACAUUGUUAUUAUCAAGGUCACAUCAGAGGGAAUCCAGACUCAUUUGUUGCUCUGUCCACCUGCCAAGGACUUCAUGGUAUGUUCUAUGAUGGGAAUCACACAUACCUUAUUGAACCGGAAGAAAACUUUACAUCUCAAGAGGAAUUCCAUUUACACUCUGUGUACAAAUCCAGAUUAUUUGAAUUUCCUUUGGAUUAUCUUCCAUCUGAAUUUUGGCACAUGAAUACCACGUCACAGAAAUUUGGUGUGAAACCAAGAUAUAAAAGAAGAAAAAGGCAGGUCCGACCGAAUCUUCCUAGGGUUGAAGAUGAAAUGAAAUAUGUUGAGCUGAUGAUUGUAAAUGAUCAUCUAAUGCUGAAAAAGCACCGAUUAUCAGUUGGCCACACGAACAGCUUUGCAAAAUCAGUGGUGAACAUGGCAGAUUUAAUUUAUAAAGAACAACUCAACACCAGGAUAGUCUUGGUUGCCAUGGAAACCUGGGGUACUGAUAACAAGUUCACCAUAUCUGAAAACCCACUGGUGACUCUACGUGAAUUUAUGAAAUAUAGGAGAGACUUUAUCAAAGAGAAAAGUGAUGCAGUUCACCUUUUUUCGGGGAGCCAGUUUCUCAGCAGCCGUAGCGGGGCAGCCUAUAUUGGUGGCAUCUGUUCAUUGCUGAAAGGUGGUGGUGUAAAUGAAUUUGGAAAGCCAGAUUUAAUGGCCGUUACAUUGGCACAGUCCUUAGCUUACAAUCUUGGGAUCUUCUCAGACAAAAGAAGGUUGCAGAGUGGUGAAUGCAAAUGUGAGGAUACAUGGUCUGGAUGUAUAAUGGGAGACACUGGUUAUUACCUUCCAACCAAGUUCUCCAAAUGUGAUAUUGAGGAGUAUCAUGAAUUUUUAAAUAAUGGAGGCGGAGCCUGCCUUUUCAACAAACCUUCCAAGCUCCUUGAUCCCCCAGAAUGUGGCAAUGGUUUUGUUGAAACCGGGGAAGAAUGUGAUUGUGGUGCUCCAGCAGAAUGUCUUGCUGAAGGUGGAGAAUGCUGCAGUUCCUGCAGUCUAACUGCUAACUCUCAAUGCAGUAAUGGACUUUGCUGUAGAAAAUGUCAGUUUGAACCCAAAGGUGUAGUCUGCAGAGAAGCUGUAAAUGAUUGUGACAUUCCAGAGAGCUGCAGAGGAGAUUCCAGUCAGUGCUCUCCAAAUCUCUACAAAAUAGAUGGGUAUUCAUGUGAUAAUGAACAGGGCAUUUGUUUUGGAGGAAGAUGCAAAACAAGAGACAGACAAUGUAAAUACAUUUGGGGAGAAAAAGUGACAACUGCUGAUAAAUAUUGCUAUGAAAGAUUAAAUAUAGAAGGAACAGAGAAAGGUAGCUGUGGCAGAGACAAAGAUACUUGGAUUCAGUGCAAGAAUGAAGAUGUUCUUUGUGGAUAUCUACUGUGUUCUAACAUUGCCUCUAACAUUCCAAGACUUGGGGAACUUGAUGGUGAAAUCACAUCCAUUUCUCUCCAGAAUCUGGGAAAAACUUACAAUUGCAGUGGUGGUCAUGUGAAACUGGAGGAAGAUGCAGAUCUGGGUUAUGUAGAAGAUGGGACUCCCUGUGGCCCUGAUAGGAUAUGCUGGGAUCACAGAUGCCUCUCAAUAGAUUCUUUUAACUUCAGUUCUUGUCCUGGAAGUACAGAUGGCUUUAUUUGUUCAGGACAUGGAGUUUGCAGUAAUGAAAUGCAGUGUGUCUGUGAACAGUUAUGGACAGGUGUAGACUGCAGCAAGCGCCUUAUGAAACCAAUAAAUGGGGGAAACUUGUCCAAUUCAGGUGUCACUAGCACAAAUAUUAUUAUUGGUGCUAUUGCUGGUACAAUUUUAGUGUUGGCUCUCAUUAUGGGAAUAACAGCAUGGGGUUACAGAAACUAUCGAAGACAGAGACAAAUUCCUCAGGGAGAUUAUGUUAAAAAGCCUGGUGAGGCCGACUCCUUUUAUAGCGACAUGCCACCUGGAGUCAGCACAAACUCUACAUCUAGUUCUAAGAAGAGGUCUGCUUUUCUGUCGCAUUUUCAGAUUUCUACCUGUUCCAUCACACAUUAUUCCAUUAGUCAGAACCUUUCAUUGUUUUGCAGCAGGUCAAACGGCUUAUCUCAUUCAUGCAGUGACAGAAUCCAAGAUGCAAAGAAUCUUUCAGACAUCUGUCAAAAUGGGAGACCAAGGAGUAAUUCAUGGCAAGGUAAUAUAGGAGGCAACAGAAAGAAAGUCAAAGGCAAAAGAUUUAGGCCACGGUCUAAUUCAACUGACAGGGUAUCCCAUGCUUCUGAGCCUGGGCUUUCCCACACCAAUCAAAUCCCACCCCAAGGCAUAAGCCAGGGGGAUUCUCACCACUCCCAAACAGGGAAUCGGAAUCACAGGACUCUUUCCCCUGCAAAGUCCCCCUCAUCAUCCACUGGCUCCAUUGCUUCCAGCAGAAAGUAUCCGUACCCCAUGCCUCCACUGCCUGACGAGGAGAAGAAGGCCCACAGAGCUAGUGCCAGGCUAUGGGAGACUUCCAUUUAAGUAUUUAGCGUCCACCUGAGCUGACACCAGAACUGUUUACUUCCAAUUUUAUAUGAAUUCAGCGUCACUGAGUCACUGAACAUUCAUCUGCUCAGCAGACAACUUGAUGGAGCGAAGAUACAGAUAGUCACAGGAUAAGCAAGUUCUCCCGUUGAAGGAAAACACUGAUUUUCUUCAGCUAACAGAAGUUUUGUGAAUUACAAAUAAAGAUAUUAACCUGGGAUAUACAGAACUGAACAUGCUAAGAUAUUAUGCAUGAUGUCAGGUAUUAUAUAGACAUUCAGAUACUGCUUUUGGAGUCCCAGUGGUGUUUUUUUUCCCCUGGUCUAACAUAUUCCCAAAUAUCUAAAAGAGAGAGAGAGUGAUUCAGAAUUUGGUACAUAAUCAUUUAUGCUGUGUGCAUGAACCUGUUUCCCACUAUCCAUGUGUAAGGGAUUAAUCAUUUUACUGUAGUAGAGUUAGCAUGCAGGAAUAAGAAAUGUUUUUUUCCACACCUGGGUUCUAAAGAGGCAAAAUAUUUUGACAUAAGCUUCAAUAACAAAACAGUGAUUUCUUUUUAACCUGUUGUGAUUACAUUCUCAGUAAAAAGCUAUCUGUAGAAAGUUGUGAAAUAUAAGCACUGUAGUUAGGGUUUUUUUGUUUUUUGUUUUGCCUGAAGAGCGUGCAACAAAACUUAGGAGUCAAGUUAAGGUUUCAUGGCAGGUUCAUGAAUAUACUGUAGCUCAGGUGCAUGCAUCUGCCAAUAGGUUCAGAAUGACUUGCUGAAAAACCAGGAAAGCGCUAUCAGCCUCUGUUGAUAAUAGUGAGAAAAACGGACCAAUGGCCUGGUUGGAUAUAAGGUAUGUAUGAUAUCUGACAUUAAAAAAAAUAGCCCUGCAGGAGGGAGGGUUGAUUCAGAUUGUGAUUAUAGUGCUACGUUUUCUACCUUUUUCUCAAAACUGGUUUCCUGUCAAAAUUCUCAAACCUUUCCUCCCAUUUGUCCAAGUGCCAUUGAGGACUAAACUUUGCCCCGUAUUCUAAGAAGAACUACCACGAAGGGUCUAGAAUGUCUCUAGAAAUUAGAAAAUAUUUUCUCUCUAGAAAAUAGAGAACAAGGAUUUUUUCCUCCUUCCUAUUGAAAUCAAUUGAAUUAAUCUGGAUCCAUAUGGAACCCAAUUUUUUCUUACCUAUUUGGAACCUUGGCCAUCAAUGUGAAGUUGGUCAAAAUGCUGUAUCUGCUGUACAUAUUAAAUACCUACUUUCUGAAGUUCAACCGUCUUAACCACCCAAUUCAAGUUCACCUUUUAUCCUAGUUAAUCAUAUAAUACUGUGUAAGCUUGUACAUGUUUUGGCCAAAUAAGAAAUGUUCAAAUGCUUGACUGAA